GAUAUCAAACACGCCCUCACAUAUUCUCUGCUUUCUUUUAACAGUUGUCAAAAGUAUGGAGCUCUAUUCAAGUUGAUUGUCCAGGAUGACCCGAAUUUCUAUCCAUAAUUCACAUUUUUAUCGCUCAACUGCGUUCCAAAAGUAUGAUAAUGUGUGGUCGGGAGUGCUGAGUGAUCGUAGGAGUGAGCUGAUCAGUGCUCACAGCCACUCUGGUUCGCGUUUGCCCGUGGUUACAGACCUUCAGUGAUCGCCCUUCUGCUAAGAGAGAGGCAGAGGGAGAAGGGUGGGGCGCCGUGGGGUGAGAGAUGUCAAUUACAACAGCUGGACUCAAUUCCUGUACCAUACAUCUCGUCCGCUCGUCUCUGUUUUAUGUUCGCUGCUCUGAUUCAAACCCGCCGCGGGGUUUUGGCCGUCAACGUCCAAAGAAGGCCGACAUAGUCAAUCCAUCAAGGGAGGAUAAUGGUCAGCAGCUACAAAAAAGGAAAUCAACAAAUCAAUCUCGCACUAUGCCUGCUAAGGCUCCUGCCCUAAAUUCACCAUCAGAUAGGAAAUCUAAGAAUAUUGUCUUGGACACUCAGUUUGAAGAACGGCUGGAAUCAGUUAGAAGGUCAGCUUAUGAGCAGAAAAAGGCUAAUGAAAGUGAGGAAUAUGGAGCAAUUGAUUAUGACGCACAGCCAAAGUCAGAGGAGAAAACAAUUGGACUCGGUACUAAGGUUGGAGUAGGAGUAGCUAUAAUCGUCUUUGGUUUGGUUUUUGCUCUCGGAGACUUUAUUCCCAACGAAAGCAUUAGUCCCAGCAAGGAAGCUGAUGUGGUUGAUAAUAAACUGUCGGAAGAAGAGAGACUAGUGCUUCAGACUAGGCUGCAACAGUAUGAAGCAGCUUUGAGUACCUCACCAAAGGAUCCAACUGCUCUUGAAGGAGCUGCAGUAACAUUGGCUCAAUUAGGAGAGUAUCCUCGUGCGGCAUCUCGACUUGAGGAGUUAAUGAAGGAAAAUCCAAGCAACCCUGAUGCGUUUCGUUUGCUUGGAGAAGUUAAAUACGGUCUGAAGGACUAUGAAGGUAGUGCUGCUGCAUAUAGGAGUUCUGUAAUGGUGUCUAAAACUAUUAAUUUUGAAGUUCUGCGUGACCUGACAAAUGCAUUGCUUGCUGCUAAGAAGCCAGAUGAGGCUGUUGAGGUCCUCUUAGCAUCUCGUGAACGUUUAACCACAAAAGAUUCUGUUGAUAGCAAUGCUAAAUUUGAUAUUAGGACGAUGGAAAAGGAACUGGAGGAGGUGGAUCCCAUUCAAGUUGACCUGCUUCUUGGAAAAGCCUACUCAGAUUGGGGCCACAUUAGUGAUGCUGUAACUGUUUAUGAUAAUCUCAUAGCUACCCAUCCUGAUGAUUUCCGAGGUUUCUUAGCAAAGGGAAUUAUUUUGAAAGAAAAUGGCAAAAUAGGAGAUGCAGAGAGGGUUUUUAUACAAGCACGCUUUUUGGCUCCAGAGAAAGCCAAGGCACUCGUGGACCGAUAUUCAAGAAAAUGAUUCCACUAUGUGUUCAGCAAUCAGCACCUUCUGUAUAACUCAGUUGGGGAAUGUGACAGAAGUUUCUCUUUUAUUUUUGUUUCUUUAGUAUUCAGUAAUUGGCUGCAACUGCUAUUCCAUAGCUAGAGGAGAUUAUUAUUCAUAAUGAUCAAGAAUGUCUACUCUGGAUGAUUUUCUUCAAAAUUCGGUGAAGCAGCCAUAUGGAUGCAGUCGCUACUUAAAGGUACUCUUUAUGGGGAAUUGUUGCAGCUACUAUACCCUAAUUUCUCUUUUCUCAAUAAUAGAUAAAUGAAAAUUUAUAUUUUUAUUAAAUAUAAAAAAGUAUUAGUAAAAAACUCUAGCAUGCUCAUCAAUCAUGACAAUGUGAAGGUCUGUGCUGUCAAAGGAACUGUAUCCUAGCUUGCUGCAAGCUGUGCUGUGCAUUACAGUGUAAGAUAUGGUCAAAUAAGUCGUAAUUAAGAGUUUCAUUGAUUUCUGGAA